UAGUUGUUGUUAUGAAGUUAUUAUUAGACGCUGAUCGACAUUGUUUCUCUAGCUUCUGGAUUCUUAUGCAUUGUUUUCUACCUUGAUCAGGUGCAGGUGGUUUUAGAUGGGGAAAUUAUGCAAGAGUGAUGCUGAUAAUCGGCAUUUUUUCAGCUUAACAAGUCUUCAGAUUGGAGAUUUGCAGUCGUAUCUUUCUGGUCUUAGUCUUUUCUUAGCACAUGAUAGCAAGACUUUUUAUGUAUUGGUGGAUAAUAGGCCAUGGCUGAAAGACUUGGUGUCACGACCUGCACACUUGUGGCAGUUGAUGGUCACCAAGUCUCGGAUGUCACCCUUUGCGAUCAGACAAACACGAAAAGAUAGGAAAGAUUCCCCAGAGUUCAGCGAGUUAAAGUUCUGCCCUGAAACGCCAACCCCAUCAGAGAGUUUGAGAAAAUGGUUCUUGGUGAUUGAUGCUGCAACACUCUCAAAGAAGAGGGCUUUUCUACCGGUCGAGAAACUUAAGAGCUCCUUGCUUGCUAAUAGCAAACUGCAUAGAACCUUGUAUGGAUUUAUUGUUUUCGAAGUGUUAUGGAAUGAUGUGCGCGGCAUCAAUUAUUUAAAUGAACUUCAGACUGAUACUUCUCUUGCUCUAGAGGUGAAAUAUAUGAGAAGAUGGGAAUUUGACAGUAUUGCUCAGGCUGCGAAAUGCAUAUCUUCAUGGUUUCCAGGGACACGACGUGAGCGUCAUCUUUUAGAAGACCAGCUAAGCUCCAUGCUAGGAGAUGUGUUUCAUGAUGCUCCUAACUGCCAUGGUACAGAUGCUGAUAAAAGUAUGUUAAAUGGUAAUCUGUGUAAUACGAGUAUUGAUGAAGAAACAGAAGUUUCAGAAGACGAAGUGAGUAAAACAAAUUCACCUCCUGAUGACGUGUCAGAUACAAGAAAAAGGUUAGUGGAUUUUCUAGGUAUGGACAUUGAAGCUGAUUCUGAAGAUGAAGACACCCACAGCGAAAGUGCUGCAAGUGACUAUGCAGAAGUGGCCGAACCUACGGAGUAUAGGGAUGUACUGCUCUUGUUUCGUUUCAACGAUCAUGAUCUCCCUUUCGAAUUACAAGACAUAGUCAUAUCUGAUUUGAGAUUACUUACUUUAUUGGAGGCCGGGCUUCCAUCUUGGGUUAUUUUCUGUCAAUCUUAUCCAUUAUUUUGCCAUAUCUAUCGUCCAUGGAUGUGCCCUUUAGCAAGAGUUUUAUAUGUGGCCAUUUCCCUUGUUACAGUUGUCAUUGGUUUCUAUGAUUUGUAUAAAAAUAUCCCUCUUCUUAAGGCGACCGCUGCCCGUUUGUGUGGGCCCCUAUUCGGGUGGAUAGAAACAUGGGAGAUGGUAUCGAGGAUCAAGUACUUGGGAACUAUGUUGUUUUUGCAUAACUCUAAGAAGGCUGUUCAGUGGUUCUUGAUGACAACACGUGCUGCACGGUCAUUUUUUUCAGUGGUCGCACAUCCUUAUUCCAGGCCAUUUAUGGUGGUUUUAGAGGUCCUUCUUCCUAUUUGGAACAUGUAUAUCCAGAUGGUGGAUUAUUUUUGCUCAUUUAUUUGGAUUUUGAUGACAACUUCUUGGAAUCUAGCGGAGAAUUUAAUUGAGAUCAUACUACUUCCUUUGUAUUACAUCUUGUCAAUAGUUUGGAAGAUUGCAACGAUGAUUCUGUACCCGGUUUUCUGGCUCCUUUGGGGGAUGCUUUAUGCUCCAAUUCUCCUAGUUCUUGGACUAUCAAAUUUCGUGGGAUUCAUAUUCAACCACAUGUAUGAUUUGAUUGGUGGUAUGUGGCUGUUUAUGAGUGGUUUAUUCAAGUUAGCUUCAGAUGCCGAGGCAACUGUGGGUACUUAUGAGGUAUCCAUGUGGCGUGCCCUUUGGAAUGACCUAUUCUCUCAGAUUUUCCGUGCUGUCCGGAGCAUUUUAAAUGGUUUUGUUGCCUUUGCCGCAACUUGCAAUAGGCAUAGACUAAGCAUUUAUAAUCAUCUACGAGAGUUCAUUGCAAGGCUUUAUCAACCAACUCAGAGAUCACACUUUUUGAGUUCCAUCCAACGAGCAAAGAAAUCGGGAAGUGAGACACUGGCAGAAGUCAGGGAACAAAGCGGGCCGUUGCUUACUAAAAACAUGAAACACAGCUAAAGUUUUGCAUUAAACCGUAUCUUGACCAUACGAGUAGUUGACUGCGUAGUUGUUGUACAGGAAAAUGCAAAUUUUAUGCAAGGCCUCGUAGUUGGUUCAAAGAGUACAUCAGAAUGUUGUUUUGUUUGAUGUAAAUAACAAGGUUUGGCUGUAAAUAUACAGGUUAAAUGGCUACGCAAUAAAGGAAGAGUUUUUUAAUGCAUCAA